AUGGGAAACGGAAACUCAAGGGAGGCUAAAGAAUCGAGACGGUCAAAGCUACGACAGAAGCUACAAAAGUUUCGCAUUCACCGUCGUCAUCUUCGUUGUUCUCGAAACUCAGCAGGAAUGGUGAUACAACGAGCUGUGUCCGCCGAGGAUUUCUCCGGCAUUGCGCUUCUCACUACAGAGAAGCCAAUUUGGAACUCAGAGAAGAAGCUUUUGUUGGAGAAAAAUGGACCAAGUCUUGCUAGGGUCUCUGUAUUUGAGACCAGUAGGCUCUCAAGGAACAAAAUCAUCGGUUAUUGUGAGCUUGAUAUAUUCGAUUUUGUAGUGCAGGAACCUGAGUCGGCGUGUAAGUCAUUUGACUUGUUAGAUCCCACAUCAUCCAAUGUUGUUGGCACCAUUUUCCUUUCUUGCUCUAUUGAGGAUCCUGUUGAAACCGAGAGGCGGUUUGCAAAGCGUAUCUUGUCCAUUGUGGACUACAAUCAAGAUGGACAACUGUCGUUUUCGGAGUUCUCUGAUCUAAUAAAGGCUUUUGGAAACUUAGUGGCUGCUAACAAGAAGGAGGAGUUGUUCAAAGCCGCUGAUCUGAAUGGGGACGGUGUUGUGACAAUUGACGAGUUGGCUGCGCUUCUUGCUCUUCAACAAGAACAGGAGCCAAUUAUAAAUAAUUGUCCGGUGUGUGGUGAGGCUCUUCAGCUCUCUGACAAGCUCAACGCGAUGAUCCAUAUGACUCUUUGUUUUGACGAAGGAACGGGUAAUCAAGUGAUGACCGGAGGGUUUUUGACUGAUAGACAAGCUUCUUAUGGUUGGAUGUUCAAACUAAGUGAAUGGACACACUUAUCAACUUAUGACGUGGGUUUGAAUACUGGUUCAAGUGCUUCAUAUAUUGUGGUGAUUGACCGGAAGAGUAAGAGACUUGUGGAAGAGUUGAUUGACUCAAAGAUUGUUCUGUCCAUGAGAGCUAUUUAUCAGUCCAAAAUUGGAUUCCGACUUAUGGAUCAAGGGGCAAAGGAGAUUCUACAGAGACUUUCUGAGAAGCAGGGGAAGAAAAUGAGCUCAGUUGAAUCCGCACAAAAAAUACCAUGCUUUCUCGAGUUCUUUAAGGCAUGUAAAGUUACUAUUUAUUAAGCUAUAAUGUGUUUUGCUUUGUUGUUGAGUUUGGAGUUGAGAUUUUUUGUCUGUUGCUGGAUCAAAUAAACAUGGCUGAAGUCAAGUAUUCUCUGCAGCAUUUUAAGGUAUGUAAGGGAUCUUAUUUAUACCCUCCACAUUUAAUCCAAAUGUGUAUAGUACUUAGACUCACAGUAUUAGCAAGUGACUAAGUCUAAGGAAGGAUUUUUUUACUUGCAGACGUUCAAUGAGUUCUUCAUCCGGGAGUUGAAACCUGGUGCAAGACCAAUUGCUUGCAUGAAACGUGAUGAUGUUGCCGUAUGUGCUGCUGAUUGUCGUGUAAUGGCAUUUCAGUCGGUGGAGGAUAGUACACGUUUCUGGAUCAAGGUAAAAUGGUCUCUAGAGUAGCUUACUAUAUACUUACCAUUAUUAUGCAAAAGUAGAGAACUCUCAAAGCUGAUAAGUUGCAACACAUCUUAAAGUUUUUGUAUUGAUUCUGCAUUGAUAGGGAAAAAGUUUUCAAUAAGAGGCCUCCUUGGGAAGAAUGUGAAUCCAAAAUGCCUUCCUUGAUGGAUCUUUGGUGAUAUUCCGACUAGCACCACAGGUUCGAUGAGACUGGAUAUACGAUUCACAGGCUAGAACACUACAUAGUUCUUGUUUGCUCUCUUUUACACAUUUCUUGAAUGUUACAGGAUUAUCAUCGCUUUCAUGUCCCUGUCUCUGGAGUCAUUGAAAAGUUUGCUUUUGUUGCAAUCGGUGCGACAAUGGUUGGUAGCAUAAAUUUUGUCAGAAAGGAAGGAGAGCAUGUGAAGAAAGGAGAUGAAGUAAGCAGUUUCGACUUUUCGCAAGAAACACUUGAAGCUUGGUUAUUUUUCGUUUGGUGGAAGCACGGUUAUAUGCGUCUUUGAAAAGGACUCGAUCCGGAUCGAUGAGGAUCUCUUGGUAAACAGUGGUAGGUCCUUAGAGACAUUAGUGAGAGUUGGAAUGCAAUUAGGUGUCUCC